AUGAACAUGAAAUCCGGUAUGCUCACAGGUCAGAUACUUCGCAGCUUCAGGCCUGCACAACCCGCCCCCUCUCGAGCUUGCCUCAAUCGCAUCCACAGUCUGUCCAAAUCGCGGCCUCUCGUCCGAAACACUCCCUCCCUCAACGCACGAGUCCAGACAAGAAACGCCAGAAACUAUGCGAGACCUCCCAACCGAUUCGAACAAGCAGUCAUCGAUGCCCGGGUCAAGCACCCUGUCUUGUUUCCGUUCCUGCUCUUUGGCUCGACUGCUUCAGUAGUCUUGCUCAUCAUCAUGGCGUACGACCAAUGGCGGAGGGAGAAGAAAGGCACCUCAGUAUAUCCUCCGGCGGUCGAAGACCAACUACGGCUAGCCUUGCACUAUACCCACAUCUCGCCAGACCCGGACACCGCGUCACAAUACUUCAUGCAAGCUAUCAAGAAGGCGGAAGAAGUUGGGAUGGACCCGUAUAGCAAAGACACGGUUGGCAUUCGGGUCCGCUUCUCCCAGAUGUUGGAAGAGUUUGGACACGUGAAGGCUGCAAUCGAAAUUCUGGACGGUAUCUCUUCGGAUCUCGAACAAAAGCUGGCAGAGCUCGACCAAGCACAGUCCGUCAAGAGCGAUGCUCCAUCCGCUCUGGAUCCAGAAACAGCAGAUUUCCGCGCGAAUCUGAUCAAGGGAAUCGUCAAGCUCAAGAUCAAAGUCUCCUCAAUGUACGAAAGCGAUUAUCUCCAAAAUCCCACCAUGGCCAAACAAGUGCUGUCGGACGCGGUCGGGCUUGUCGUCAAGGAGACCAAGAACCCUCAGGUCAAUACUUUCACUGAGGAGAAUGGUGCAGGCUUAACUACUGGGGAAAUUGCUGCAAUGCUGUCUCAGAUGGGCGAUCUGUAUGCCACUUCGGGAGAAGAGGAAAACGCCAUCCAACUAUAUAUGCUCACUCUGCAACCGCUGAGGGCGUCGUGCAACGGCACUAGAUCCUGCAAAGAGGUUCAAGUCCUCAGCAACAUCGCUUCUGCCAUGGACAUGGCGUUGAAGAAACCGACCGCCAAGAUCAAUGGAAAGCCAGCGACCAAGGACACGCUCGCGGCCGGGAGACGCGCCGCCCUGAGAUGGGCAGACCAAGCGAUCGCCACGGCCGACGUUGUCAAGUCUGAGGAGCGCGAUGAAAUCUGCACCGCCGCUUUGAUCUCCGCCCAGAUGACCCGCGCAGAUCUGUUGCUAGAUAAUGGCGACAAGGCCAAGGCACGCGAAGCCUUCCAGAGUCUGCUGCCUAUGUUGAGGGAGAGAAAUCUUUUGCCUCUUGUCGAGACGGCUGAGCAAGGGCUGAAAAGGGCUAGCACUUAA